AUUGCACUGAACCCCUCCCUCCUUCUCUCUGCCUAACAGAACGCCUGCUGUUUUCCUCUUCUUUUUAUACGGUAAUUAGCCACUCUCUUUUACUAUACUUUAACAGAAAUGCCUGCGGCCAUGGCACCAAAGAGCAGGGCAAGACACGCGAUUAUCACCACAGUCGAGGAGUUUGACGCGCGGAAACGGACGACGGCGGCCACCAACGAGCACACGCACGACCAUGACCAUGACCACGGACAUAGGCAUGAGCACAAGCACAGCCACGGGCACUCGGUGCUGCCGACAACAGUUGUAUCAGACGCCAAGAGCCAGACACGCCACGGGCCACUGCAGCUACUGUCGCGCAGCCGCGGAAUGAUCUCAAGCAUAAUGAGCGACAGCGAGUCGCGCAGCAUCUUCAUGUUCCUGCUGCUGAACCUGUCGUACAUGUUUGUGCAGAUAGUCUACGGAUACAUCACGAACAGCCUGGGGUUGAUCUCGGACGCAAUCCACAUGCUGUUUGACUGCAUGGCGCUGGCGAUUGGGCUGGUGGCAGCGGUGAUGAGCAAGUGGCCGGCGAGCGAGGGGUUUGCGUUUGGGUAUGAUCGGAUCGAGGUUCUGUCGGGGUUCUCGAAUGGAGUGUUUUUGAUGCUUAUCUCGGUGUCGAUUUUCUUCGAGGCGAUUGAGCGGCUGAUGCAUCCGCCAGAGAUGAACACGCAGAGGCUGCUGCUGGUGUCGUUUGGAGGGCUGGUGGUGAAUUUGUUUGGGAUGUUUGCGUUUAAUGGACAUCAUCAUCACCAUGGAGGUGGUGGAUGCAGCCACAGCCAUUCGCAUGGACAUGACCACCAUGACCACCAUGACCACCAUUCGCAUGGCCAUGGCCAUGAUCACCAUGAGCAUGACCACCACGAACACCACGAACACAGCCACCCACACCGCAGCCAAAACAUGCAAGGGGUGUUCCUGCACGUUCUCGCCGACACGCUGGGCAGCGUUGGGGUGAUAAUCUCGACACUCCUAAUCCAGACCUUCGGAUGGACCGGGUUCGACCCAUUGGCCUCGAUCAUGAUCGCAGCGCUAAUCUUCGCCAGCGUGAUCCCGCUGGUGCGCGACUCAAUGCACAUGCUUCUGCUGCGGCUGCCGGACCACAGCCAGGACGAGGUGCGGGUAGCAUUGAGUGAGAUCGCGGACAACGUGGGCGGAGUGUCGCAGCUGACAAAGGCGCAGUUCUGGCCGAUCACCGAGUCCCGGAUCAUGGGGGUGGUGCAUGUGCAGGUGGAGCAGAAGCUGAUGGGCGACAGGGACGAGAUGCCGCUGUGCCCGUUGACGGUCAGGGAUAAUGUCAGCGAGGCGAUCGGGAGGAUUGUCAGGCGCAAUGUGUCGGGAUUGCGCGACGUGUUCAUCCAGGUGGAUGUGGUCGAGUGAAUCAUCGCCGAUGUUGACGGAUUAGUAGAGUAAAAUUAGCUGGUUUUCUUUUGGCAUUUUUUCCCUGCUUUCCGAUUCAGUUUUGUUUUUUGUCUGCUACCUGCUUUUUUAUUUGCUUCAAUACACGUCGUAUUUUGUCUUGUACGUAGCUACUUGGAGAUGGGAAAGCCAGAAAAGCCGUCAAAGGAGAAGUCGUCGAAGCACGGAUCGAAGAAGGCGGGGGAGGAUGUGGUGAAGAAGGUGAAGAAGGAGCACAAGAUGAAGGAAAAGAGGGAGAAGAAGGAGCGUAAGGACAAGAAGGAGAAGAAGGAGAAGAAGGAGAAGAAGGAGAAGAAGGAGAAGAAGGAGAAGAAGGAGAAGAAGGAGAAGAAGGAGAAGAAGGAAAAGAAGGAAAG